CUGAAAAGUAAACGUCAAAGGGCUAUUCAGCAAGCAGAUGUUUGUUUUGUUUGUAAAUUUUAAAGCGCGAUAGGUAGUUUUGGAACCUUUUAUUAUGAUAUAGCGUAGUACAAUGAGAGUUUGCUGCUCGAAGAAAAGCAACUAAAGUACAAACUGAACGCCCGUGCAGCCAUCAAACCGCCGCAAAGCAGUUUCAACGAUUAACUAGUAAAACUACUCACGUACCACCUUCCUGUGUAAGAGCGAUGACGCUCGACGCGCACGAUAAGCUUUUGGAAACAGUUCUGCAAGAGUACAAAAUUUUAGCCGAAUACGAACGACUGCAGAGUGAAGAUCUUGGUGGUAUUUACGUAACACCGUCGUACGAAAACCCCUUCCUUUGGUUCGGUGUCAUAUUUGUGCGAAGUGGAGUAUACAAAGACGGAGUAUUCAGGUUUACCCUAACUUUUCCGAGCCGAUUCCCCAACGAUAGUACUGUUCCAACAGUAACAUUUCAAAGCGAUGUGUUUCAUCCACUGAUCAAUCCUAACGAUGGAGUACUGGACCUUUCGGAAGCAUUCCCCAAAUGGCAGGCUGGGGAUAACCACAUCUGGCAAAUGCUCAAAUUUGUGCAGUCCGUCCUUCAAAACUUGGACGACCAUACGAUACAUUCGAAUCCCGUAGCCAAUAAUGAGGCGUACGAAUUGCUGGUGGAAAAUCGUACAGAGUUUUUGGUACGCGUCGAGCAAAGUGUAGAGGAAAGUCAGCAAAAACUCUACGACCUGCCCGCACAUCCAGAUCGGUUCUAUAUUUGCUUCGAUCGAUUCAACCCGGACGUUCAUGGGCCCGCACUGCAGUCAAUGAAAGAAAACAAAGGAACGGAAGUAACGACACCUCCAUCGUCUGGACUGUCGUGGGUACGAAAAGGAAUGUAUCAACCGCUUAGCAAAUAACGAUUUUCCCCUGCAAUUGCGUCCGUUUAUUGACCGAUCUCCUCCAUGAAAGGAAAUCUGGCGCGCAUAACGGAGAAGAGCGUAGUUAAAUAAUUUUAAUGUUUUAUUUCAACGUUAAAUACACUCGGCGAGUCACAGAAAUGUUUUGGUAAACUACUUACUAAUACUUGUGAAUGCUGCAAAGAAUGUGCUAAUAAAACGCGUAACGCACUACAAAGUUUUUAACAUAA